UUAGAAGGAAGAAUGAUCAACCAAUGGAUGAAGGUAAAUCUGCGGUCGGAUACUACCAAGCAGAUAGACAAGUAUCUGACCAUAGAGCAACCGGAGAGCCUCAAAACUGUCAAUGAGGGAGAAGGAGCUGAUAAGUUUGACUAUGCUCUUUUUAACAAGUCAUGAGGAAAUUUUGAGUACGAGGACUGGAUUGUUAAUGUCUUUACCAAUCCUGAUGGAUCUGGAAGCCAGAUAGGCGAAUUUACUGAAGUAGACCUUCUACAAACCUUGUCAAGGCUUGAUAAGACUAAGAGAGAAGCAGAAAAAAUAAUGAAGAAAAGGAGGGCAAAAAGAAUGGAGAAAAUUGAAGAAAUUAACAGAAGAAUGGGCCAUAUGAACUUGGAAGAGGCCGAACCAUUUAAUCCUUAUGAGAAGGAACUUAAUUCUGGAUCGAGGAGAAGAAGUCGAGGAUUAACAUACAUGGAAAAUAUUGAGCUCCAAAAGUAUCAAAAAAGAAUAGGAAUAAAACUUAAACCUAAGCCUCAGGCUAAGCCAAAAAUGCGACCAAAACCUAGCGACUACCCAUCUGCAAAUCUUGGGAAGCCUAUAGGAAAGCCUACUAACAAGCCUGUUAUCCCUCUUCCUGGACAAAAGGGCCCAUUGCACUCAACUGUUGCUCCCCAGGUACCUCAAGGGAUGCACAACAUGAAUCCACCAGCUGCUGCUUCUGGUCACUUAGGUUACUCUCACCAGCCUAAACCUCCUCACACAUACCCCCAUUACACUACCCCAUCAUAUCCUCACCCAAGAGGGCCUCCUCCUACUAUUGCUCAGCCAAAGGUGACUCCUACGGACCCACCAGCCAAGAAGAAGAAAGGCCUAGCUCGGUGGUUCGGGCUUUAAUAUUUGUUAUAAAUCUUAAUUUGUGCUAAAUUGGUACAUAAAAC